GAACCCCAACCCCAACUAUAAUCCUAACCCCAACCCCAACUCCAACCCCAACUUUAGUUGGUGAACUCAUCAGGGAAAUCAUGAACCCCCCUUCUCUCCCCCCCGGAGCGGCUCAGCCUCGAUGUGAAGCACACAUUUCCAAUUUCUGAGUUUUGUGCUUCCGUUGCCCUCUUUUUUAAUGAUUUAGUAAAAUAAUUACAAUAAGAAACCCAUUCCUCAGCGCAGGCUGGGGAACUGAGCAGCCCUGAGCAGAGCUGAGCGCUGCAGGGGCCCCACGCGGGCGGGGCACUGAGUCACAGUGAGGCCCAUUGUGAUGCGUCCCGGUGCCCCACAGGUCCAGCAGUGCCAGCGCUGUGCCCCUCACUUUCCGUCAGGACUCUGAUGGGACAGCACGCGAGCAGACCUGCGGUGCAAACCGCCCCUCUGGUCAAACCGCAGCGCUUCCUCCCGCCCGUGGCUGCCCAGGCCAUGGCCGGUCCCCAACAGCCCUCAUCCUCUGCGAUGGAGGAGAGAAAGCCCUCCCGCCCCGCAGAGGCCAAGGAGGAGGGCAAACCACCCCAGGAGCGCACUGUUGUGCCGCCCCCUCCCCACUCGGACACCUCUGGGAUGCCCAUGUGUGCCGUGGAGCGUUAUGCGAUGGACAACAUUGAGGCCUUUGUCCGGAGAACAGAGCCUCAGAAUGAGGAGCAGAAGAUGAAGUUCCUGCAGAGCAUCCGCACCAUCUGCAACACCACAGCGGAGAGGAACAGGUUGCAGGAACUGCGCAUCUUCUGCCGCCGGAAUGAUCUUGUGGAGAACAUCAUGGUGCUGCUGGCAGAGGAGCCGCACGAAAAGCUGAGCUCUGAACUGCGGCUGCAAGCGAUAGCCACCAUCACCGCCCUCAGUAAGGUGGAGGGGGCGUUGGAGGAGAAGAUCCCUCUCUUUGCUGUGUGCUUCCAGAGCAUCCUGCUGCUUCCCUCGGAGCAGGACCUGGACAUGAGCCUUUACUCCAAGACUCUCAGGGCUCUGGAUGAGAUGCUGGACACAUUGGUGUUCAUCCACCCCACUGCCAGCAUUGGAGAGGAGUUGAAAAACGUCCUCCAGGUGCUGCUGCCCUUCACCUCCAUGCAGAACUCAGCUGCGCGCCAGAGGGCAGUGGGGCACAUCUGGAAGCUGUGCCAUUCACUGGCGCAUUACUGCCAGGAGAGGCCCCAUCACUGCUCGGGACAAUCCAGAUCCAUCUGCUGUGGCGAGUUCCGCCUGCCUGUGCUGGGACAGCUGGUGGGAAGCCUCAUCCUGUGCUGCGCCUUCCAGGAGGACAAAAUGCACCACUGUGCUUUGAGUGCUCUCCAUUACCUCUACAAAUUCAUCCUGUGGAGAAGCCGCUGGGAAGCGCAGCCGGAUGAGCAGGGGAAACAGGAGCAGUGGGAAGAUGAGCAUGAGUUCUCCCUCAGCUGGACCACCAACACCUCGGAGAUUUUGCUGCGCUUUGCAAAGCACUUCCACUCUUCGGAGACGACCGACCUCAUCCUCCUGGCGCUGCAGGGCAUGAAGGACUGCAGCAACUACAACACCCAGGUUGCUUCCAACUUGAUGGACGUGCUGAUGGUUGACUUCAAGCCUACGCCCAACGAUGUGCAGCGCAUCGUGACAGCCAUCCACAGGAGCAGGAAGCUGAUCACAGAGGAGGAGGCGUUGAAGCACAUCCGUGGCACCUUCCCCUGGCUGGCCGCCGCCAACCCUCGUGCAAUGACACUCAGCCUGCUGCACUGCUCCCCCUCCUGUGACAAGGACAUAUGGGAGCUGUGGCAGUUGGCGCUGUCCUCGGUGGACGUGGUGCCAAAGAUGGUGCAGGAGCUGCUGCAUCUGCUGGAGAUCGCACCGCUGGGCCAGAAGACCAAGAAUGGCACCCUUACCCUGGCCGCGGCCACGGUGCUGUACAAGCUCCUGCAGAACCUGGAGUACGGCCCGCAGGUGCGACUGCUUUUCCCGGAGCUCUUUGUGGUGCUCAUCAUGCAGUUGGUGUCCUCCGAGGAGCUCGGUCCGCUGGAGGUCACCGCCAUCACCAAGAAGCCAUUCCGCCCAACUGCACCUACCUCCGCCAUCAGGUAACAGUGCCGUGCCCGCACUGACCAGGGGCACCACCCACACUGACCCCUGACCCCACGCUGACCCCUGACCCCUCAC